AUGCCUUUAGCUUCAGAAUCUCGUGGUCGUCGUCGUUUGCAGUUUACCUCCGCUCCGCUUGAAGGCAAGACAUUUUUCCUUCACGUGCAGUCAGCGAGUAAAGCCAGGGAGCUGGAGAGAAAACUCAAAGAGUUAGGAGGGGUGAGUACAGAGAUUUAAUGUUACUUCAGUGGGGAGGGGUGCAGUUAACGGAUGGUGACAGACACCCGAGAGAACGUUUCAGUGAUAUCAAAGGUCAUAAAACAUUGCCUCGCUGAGGACCAAUCUCAAAUGAUAACAAUUUAAUGCAAUCUGCACGCACUGACAUUCAACACAAUCUAAAGAGCAGUUAUCCGCCGUUGCAACAGAAACUUGGUGCGGGUGCCCCAAAAUGUCAGCAUGAUAAUGUCCGUUAUAAUGAGUUUGUUUUAUGAUUUCAAUGUUUACGUAUAUGAUUACGCUACACUGCUUAUCUCAUGUUAUCUCGGAUUGGAACGUAUACAGCACAUGAGGAGUAAAACAGGACCUGUUCAAAACACAGUUGAAUGACGAAGACUACACAAGACUGACUGAUGGUUCAAAUUAACUAAGCUUCUUAAAAACUUAAUGCCAUUUCGGGAGCCAUUUCAAACUAUGUGUUUAUAUACUAGCUUUUUCAAAGUUCGGACUUAUUGUUUCUUAUUUUAUUGAAUGUUUUCUCCUCUUUCUCUGUAUUUAAUUUGUAAAGCACAUCACUAUAAUGUUAUUACAAACUUUAUUCCAGGAUUAGUCCAUUGUAUAUGCUUUCUUUCUACAGUUUUAUUGAUACAUUGUUAGUUGCAUGUCUUUGUUUCAAGACUGUACUCUUCAAAAAGCACAUGCAUAAAUAAAACUCUAAAAGGUCAGAAGAGAGAACGUAGUAAAUCAGGGUAUCAGACCAUUUAUAUUUUUGUUGGUUUUUGUGAUCUCUCCAGGUAGUAGAAAAGUUUCUUAGUAAGGAAUUGUCAUGUGUGAUCACAGACCAAAAGAAACCAGGAACUACAAACCUCACUUUAUCGGGCAAUCGAGGGGUAAGUAUUCUCAUCACUACGGUUUGUGCGCGCAAGUGUGCGCUUUUAUUGUUUGUUGAUCUUUGUUACAUAGAUCAAUGAACUGGAGGGUCGUAGUCUAUUUUUUUAAAUUUUUUAGGCAUCUGUUGCCUUAUUACCUUUACCUUUGUGGGUGUGAUUCUAAUAGACUUUUCACUGUUCCGUAUGUUUCCGUAAGAUCGGUGGCAUCUACCCUGCAGUGGGUGCCAGAGACUUUUCGUGGACAGUUCCUGGCUUCGGUCGAGCCUUUAGAGAGCUUUAGAUUUGAGGACGAGAACGAGUACAAGUAGGAGCUUUAACUUAAGUUUUUGCGCUUGUUCUAAAAAAAGACACCCUGGAAAGUUUCAUCUUACUUUUUUUCACCAAAAACGUUUGCUCGGUUAUUUAUACUGAAGGAGGUUAAGCCUUCUCCCGAUGGCAAAAUGAUAAAACUUGUUACAUUUGAUAACUUGUUCCGCCACUACGACAUUCUCACUAAAAUUCGUAGUAGAAUGACGAUGGCUAUCACGUUUUCCCGCCAAAAUGACGCUAGUUCAUGCGCGCCCACUACUUAGUAUUGGGAAAAUCAAGGAAAAUCUCGUACUCGUAGUGUUCCUCUUCUCAGUGUAGAAAAUGUGUCGGUCGCGUGCGGUGGGACUUUUCGGUGUUGGCCCAAGGCCCAAACCGCGAGAAAAAAAGCUUUUCGCGCGGGUCACUAUAAAUACUUGACAGAAAAGGGAAGCCGCGCCAGAAAAGUCUCUGGUACCCAAGAUAUAUAUCCCCAGGAUCUUACGGGAAAAUAGGGGACUGAAACAGUGAUUUCUAAAGCUCACAAAUUAGUCUUCUUUUUUUCAGCCAACUCGUGCUGAAGCCAUUCUCCAGAAGUCUGUGAAACAACAGAAACAACUAACCAAGAGUACCGAUGUCCUGACCAAUGCAGAAAAGUGGGGAAUACAAGUCAAACCGGUUGAGCAAGUUUUAAAAUGGUUUCAAGGGCAAACGAAACGUCAAGCUACUAGCAGGCAACCGACUGGCCGUGUUUGCAGUCUCAGAGGGGCUUUCCUUAAAGUGGAAGAUCAUAGUCGGUAAGAUAUAUGGUUUGCAGUCCGCCUAACGGAGUACGUGAUUUCCUCAUCGACUAUAAGAGUGCUCAAUAGUUAGCCUAGAGAAUACAAGUAGACUGAUGGAGCUGGACUAAGUGGUCUUGAACAUUUAUUGCUGCUCAGAGACUUCUGCGAAACUGUCAUCAGGCAACUGCCAAAAAUAACGGUUACAAUCCAAAAAAUAGAGAAAACAGAACAAUAAAUGGCGCGUCAAAGAGCUUCGAAGGCUUAACAUUUCAUUAUGAUUUUUUUAAUAACCAAACAGAAUCAGAAGACGCGCCACGCACCAAACGCCACGCCCCACGCGCCAUUUAUUGUUCUCUUUUCUCUAUAUAUUUCAUUGUAAAUUUGUAAUUGUUUUUUUGGGGGGGCAGUUGCCUGAUGAUUGGUUCGCAAGAAGCAUGAAACGCUAUGUAGCAAUAAGUAGUCAAGACCACUUAGUCCAGCUUCGUCAGUCUACUUGUAGUUUGUGGUAUAGAUAUCAAAUAUUCCCUUUCUAAGAAAACGAAUUUGAACCAAUAGUUUCUUUCCAAAACAAUGACCCAUAGAAUCACUCCAAAUAAACUGUCAGGUUUAGUGAUGUCUGGGCUGAUAUUUCAUAGAUAGUCUUAGAAGCUAAAACGCCUCAGUCUAUGGACAUGGUCUCCCUCGCAGCCGUUCAUGGAAUGCCACGCAACGUUUUUGUGGGGUAAACGGCUUCAAAGGAGACUACUAUAUGGACACAGACGACACCAAGGAACGAGUGCUUGCAGGAGACUCUGCGCACAUUUUAGCCAUGGCUAGGACAAAGGCACAUUAGCUUACUAAAAAGCUUAUUUAGGAUAUGCUCACCAUACCAGCUGGCUUUUACGCUGGCACGAAAACCAUGAUACCGGAUAGGGCUUCUGUUCUGCACACAUAAGAACGGAGAGUGGCUGCGCUGCGCUGAUCUCUUAAGUGGAAAUUCACAUAUCAGGUAGGUGUUCAUACCAUACGGGAUAGCCAGUCCACGGUAUAGAGUGUACAUAGUAAAGCCUGAGUCUAUUUGAUUAAGAAUCACUUCAGUACCUCAAGGCCAAUGACGGGCAAAAACUUCGCCGAUAAACUGAUCGUUUAAAAUGUACUAAUAAUUCUUGUUACUCCGAUAGACAAUACAGACCCCUGGUUAAGGAACUAAAUAUGUGGCCUCGACUGAACCUCGAUGCUCCGCCCGGCUUUUCACCCUUUGACGAACCGGUGAGCAUGCGCACAAGGUCACGAAGUUCAUCUAAAAGUCCACAGAGGCGCACCAAGCGUGCAGUUGGUAAGCGCUCUACUGGAAGUGCCGACAAGAAAGGCUACUGUGAGCUGUGUUAUGCGCAUUAUGCGGGGAUGGAGGGGCAUAUUAACAGCAGACAACACACGUUGGUGGCGUCACGAAAAGAUACCUACGCUGAACUGGAUAGGCUGAUAUCAAGAGGGAAAACUUUGAAAGAAUUUGAGGCUGAAAUGAGAAAGAAAACAAGUGCAGAGGCUUCAAAUACAACUGGAAAAUCAAGGUAAUCAAGCAACAAACCAGUCAGUACCAAGCAAACUAACGAUAGUAUUAAGUAAUUAAGUUAGAAGCAAACUUAGCGAAGGCUAUCACUACUUUUAUAUUAGACAGUUCCGUGCUUGUCAGUGACUGAUUUAAGAUCCGCAAAUCCAGAGGGUCAAAGAGCCUAAAAAAGAAAAAAAUUUUCCCAGUCCUGAAGGCUUCAGCUUGGCCUCAUGUAAAAAAGUUUGGCCCCCGCUCCUGGAUUCCCAAGUUUGUUGAAUGAGACUAGAGAUUAUACUGAAAAGGAGAAAAUCUUGGCUAGUCCCUAGGCCUAAUUAUUACGCGCGAGCGAUGCGUUUUGAGUCACGUGGUCAAAGCAUUGACCGAGAAGGCUAGGGGAGACGCUGUGUGGGGACUAGCCAAGAAUAAAUCUAAAAGGCAUCAAGUGAGAGCGAGGGUGCGUUUUAUUUUGGGUCUGGAAUGAAAGUAUUUUUGAAAAUCAAUAACCACAGCCUAACUGAGGGUCGAGCGAAAGUACAGAACUGAAAAUUCGAAACAGCAAACGGCCCCCUGACUGAAACAAUUCUCCACGACAUUCUGUUACUGCUGUUUAUACAAGCCAACUUUAGCUUCCAGGCCUUAGUUGUUCAAAGAUGGAUAGCGCUAUAUACUAGAUAAAACUACUAUGUAGUGCAUAUUGCAAUUGCUUUCCCUAACACUUUCCGCUAAAUAGCGCUCUCUAGUGUUUGAGCAACAAGAGCCAGCUUCUUACUUUUGGCAUCUCAAGUGGAAGCAAAAGUUUUAAAACAUGUUUUGUUCUUACUUUUUUCGUUACGCCUUUAGGUCAAGAAGUAGAUCUCCAGUUAUUGUCAAAUCAACUCCUCAAAAAAGAAAGAUAAUAUCAGGAACAUCCACAUCCCCACGAAGACGCAAAACCUUGAAAACCAAGCCGCCAACUCCACCUCCUGGCCAAAGGACCCCAGGCAGACAGUCGCAGACUUCAUCGCCCACCCGAACAAGGCCGAACUCUGCUCAAAAGGUUAAAAAGACGGUAACUCCGAUCAAAAUUGUCCGAUUUCAAAAUGAUCAAUAUUCCGUCGUGAAAUCCAGAGCUAAGAAGAGACGUCGCGACGAAGCUGACGUUGAAGCUAGUCACAACAAAUCCAAAAGGAAAAAGACGGAUCGAUAUUCGAUCGUCGAGUCCACACCGAUGAGAAUCCGACUUCGGCGCAGUACGAGAAGCGGUUCGAAAGGGGCAAGCGGGUCUCUGUUUGUUAACCUACCAGUGUUCGUCAAAACCCCGAAUGGACGCUCGCCAUAG